GGCUAGGUAAUAUAGCGGUGAUUAAAGCAUUUCAAAGUUGUUAAUGUUUUGCAAAAUUGUAUUCGUAAACCAUAUUUUACAGCGAUUUAACGGUUAAAAUUGUGGUAAAAGAAACCCUCUCGAACAUCCAAACAUCAAGCAUAUUCGACUUAUUGAAUCGUAUUAAUGAUGAGCUGAGAUUCAACGUAAUUCAAACAGUUAAACAUCCAAAAUUUACUCGUCACAAUAAAACGUAUGACAUUGCAGUAAUAAAGAUCGAUAAACCGGUCAAACUUCAGAGCAAUACUUUACCCUCUUGUUUAUGGCUCGACGAUGAAAUGCAUAAUGUAAAUACAUUUGUGUCUUAUUGGAAUAGAGAUGAUGGUGGGUAUUCAGUUUUGUAGCAUGAGAAUAUUUCUUCGUCUUCGACAUAUUUUCACGUCUUUCUCAUUUAUAUUGUUUUCUAUUUUUUUAUAUUCUUGAAUGGGUGAAUAAGCAGUUGAAGAGUCGACGAUUAAGGUAGAACAAAUAAACGCAGUUGAUUAUAUACAAUGCACGCAAUACAAGAAGGAUAAUAGCAGGUUAAAGAGUUUAUUAGAUCAUCAGAUGUGCAUCUUUCCUCAAGGUAGAUACUUUCUGUACUGGACUAAUGGACCGUUGCAUGCAAAUUUUAUUUACGAUGGAUAUAUUAUUCCAUAUGUGACCGGGUAUCCUUCGAUUACUUGGGGAAAUUAUGAAAUUAAGGUUUUCGUUAAACUUUCCAAAUUUAGCGAAUGGAUAAAACAAGCUAUUCAAGAACUAGGAGAGCAAAUUCCAACAUCACUAUUUGAUCCGUUGGCGUGCGCUAAGAAACAUCUGGAGCUUCGCCGUAAGAUCAAUGGCACCAAACCGUUAGAGAAAAAUGGAUCAAUUGAAUUCAUGGUUAAACUGCAAGAUAAUCCCGAAACAAAUUCAUCAAGCGUUUGUGCUGGUGUGCUGAUCAAAAAUGACUUCGUGGCUACGUUGGCGCAAUGUACUACUAAUUUGAUUCCUUUUUCGUCCAGAAUAGUUUUGUCUGAUUCUUCCAUCAUCACUAUUCGCGACAUCUUUAUACAUCCUGAGUACAGUGAAGGUUCCUUUUACAACAACAUUGCAUUGUUGAAACUUGUCUCAGAAACUUCUAUUCGACCUGCCUACUUUUUACGUCAACCCUACCUUGAUCAGAAAACAGCUUCUGUGUACGGUAAAGAACGGAACGGUGGUACUGGAUUUGAAGGUAAUAAAUAACAACCAUAUUGUAAAGAUUACUGAAUAACUAUAAAUUCUACACAGAUUCCAGUGAUACACCAGUUAUAGCACAUGGACUUUCGAUUCUUUUAAAUUAUAAAUGUUAUCCGACUGAGGAACAACGUUUGCAACUUGCUCAAGGGCUACAGUUUGAACAUGUGUGUCUGCAAAAUGAUCAGUUUCUAGUCCCGGGGAGCUGCGAAGCUAUUCCAGGAUCUCCGGUUGUUCUCUCGGACGACAUCGGCAGCUCUCCAGGAUUGUACAUGUCUGGACGAAACUGUGGUUUUGGGGAACCGGCAAUAGUCGUCCUGUUUAUGGCUCACCAAACCUGGAUCAAUUCGAUCAUAGAAGCUCCUCCCAGAGAGCCAGUUGUGUACACCAUUCCUAAUUUAAAACUUUCUGAUAAAUGUUUGUAUCAAGAUGGUACAGAAGGAAAAUGUGUAACUCAAUCAGCAUGUAAUACAUAUGAGCGAUUGAAACAUAAUUUACCAUUAUUUUUCUGCGAGAUCAAAUCAGUUGUAUGUUGUCCUCAUUCUAACAUAGAGGUAGGUGAAUAUAACAAUAUUGGACCAUUUGUAAGAGUCUAUAUUUUGAUAUGAUCAGAUGCAUAAAUCAUGUUUGUUUUUUGUUUUCCAGGAUGAGUUCACAUUUGCAAUUAAUCGUUCCUAGAGGAGUUAAUGAACUUGAGUGAUGA